GGCCAAUUUGGACCAGAGAGAAAACUUGGUCUUCUACUUCUUCCCCAUCCUCUACUUAAAAAAUAUUCCAUUUCUCAGCCAUGGCUGGUCUCGAUCUAGGCUCAACCUCUCGUUACGUCCACAACGUCGGACAAUUCUCCACCGACAACCACCACGAAGAUGACGGUGGCGCUGUAGGAAACCACCAACAUAACCAUCAUCAUGGUUUAGAUUUAAUAGUAUCUAAUGACAACCUUGGACUAGGCGGUGGCGGAGGAGGAGGAGGAGGAGGAAGCGGUGAUCUCGUUAUGCGGCGGCCACGUGGCCGUCCAGCUGGAUCAAAGAACAAACCUAAACCUCCAACCAUCAUCACGCGCGAGAGCGCAAACACUCUUAGGGCUCACAUUCUCGAAGUUGGAAGUGGCUGCGACGUUUUCGAGUGCAUCUCCACUUACGCGCGGCGGAGACAGCGAGGGAUCUGUGUUAUGUCCGGAACAGGAACCGUCACUAACGUCAGCAUCCGUCAGCCGACGGCGGUCGGAGCUGUUGUGACUUUGCGUGGCACUUUCGAGAUUCUUUCCCUCUCUGGAUCUUUUCUUCCGCCGCCUGCUCCUCCAGGAGCGACUAGCUUGACUAUAUUCCUCGCCGGAGCUCAGGGACAGGUCGUCGGAGGUAACGUUGUUGGAGAAUUGAUGGCGGCGGGGCCGGUGAUGGUCAUGGCGGCAUCUUUUACGAACGUGGCUUACGAGAGGUUGCCUUUGGACGAGCAUGAAGAGCAGUUAAUGGUCCAAAGCGGCGGUGGAGGAGGAGGAGGAGGAAAUAUUUACUCUGAAGGGAACAACGGUGGUGGAGGCUUGCCGUUCUUCAGCUUACCGAUGAGCUUGCCUCAUAUGGGUGCUGAAAAUUGGCAGGGGAGUUCAGCCGGUAGGGCUCCGUUUUAG